GGAAACAGAGAGAUAAGCAAGGGACCCUUUCCUUCGCUGCGAUUUUCUUCCUCCUUUCAUCUCUCUCGUUUUCUGCUCGAUUUCAGAGAAAAAAUGGCGGAUGAGCUCACGGACGACCAGAUGUCUGAGUUCAAGGAGGCCUUUAGCUUGUUUGACAAGGAUGGAGACGGCUGCAUCACUACCAAGGAGCUGGGCACUGUGAUGCGGUCACUGGGACAGAACCCAACAGAGGCUGAGCUCCAGGACAUGAUCAAUGAGGUGGAUGCAGAUGGCAGUGGGACCAUUGAUUUCCCUGAGUUCCUCAACCUGAUGGCUCGCAAGAUGAAGGACACCGACUCGGAGGAGGAGCUCAAGGAGGCGUUCCGGGUGUUUGACAAGGACCAGAAUGGGUUCAUCUCUGCAGCAGAGCUGCGCCAUGUCAUGACCAACCUUGGGGAGAAGCUCACUGACGAGGAGGUGGAUGAGAUGAUUCGUGAGGCCGAUGUAGACGGUGAUGGUCAGAUCAACUAUGAGGAGUUUGUCAAAGUCAUGAUGGCCAAAUAGAUACAAUGUGCAACCGUUCCUGAGACAUCCGAGCCGUGAAGAAGAAAAAGGCAGAAGAGGGCUGAAGAACGUCGAAGCGAGAAAACCACCAACAUUUCCCCUAAGCGUAAGCGCCGAAAGGGACGAUGUGCAGUGCUCUGAUCAAGAAGCGCACCAUCCACAGUAAUCCUUACAUUUUCCUUCACUAAUUACUAAUAAAGUAGCAAGUGAUGUUUCAUAUGUUGUUUCAAAAAAUUUACAAAUUUGUAUUGAAACCCUUUUUCUUCCAA